CUCACGCCAGGCUCCGAACAGAGCUACGAUGUCGGGUGGUGCAGUCUUCGUCUUUUUUGCUCUCUGUGUGCUUUUUGUUGGCUGCUGUGGAAAACCGGCGAUUCUGGGAGAGUCUGUAGAGUUAAAAGCGGAUGUGAAGUGUGACGCGCAGGAAUUCAGUCUAAUCUACCGGCUGAGGGAUGACAGUCCACGGACUGUGGCCCAGCUGGUAAACGGUGUCUGGAUGCCGGGAGAGAGGUACAGAGAGUUUGUGGAGCACAGAUCCACGCUCAGCUUGUUGCUAACCCGUGUGAACUACAACUAUCAAGGCUACUACGAGUUCAUCUGCGCCGGGCAGGUUGUCACCACCAUCCAGCUGGAGGUCCUCAUCAUCUCCAACAACAACCUCUCUGUGCCUGAAGGAGACACGCUCACGCUGCCGUGUUAUUUCCACACUGAGGGGGACUCCGUGGACUCUGUUGUGUGGGAAAGAGACGGGGAACUGGUGCUGAACCACAGCCUCUCCUCCGGGGAGCUCAUAUAUGGGACUGGGUUUGAGGGCAGAGCGUCUGUGAGGUCUGACUGGUUUGUACUGGGUGACCUGUCACUGACGGUGGAGCGGGUCCAGCUGGAGGACCGAGGUGACUUUUUCUGCCGUGUUAAUAAAGGCAAAAAAAAGAGCGGGAAGUGGAGAGAGAGGGGCAGCCCUGCCGCUGUGAGAGUGACGGUCAAUGAGAAGAUCACCAUCAUCAGCAGCACCUCUGCUCCUGUGAGUACACCUCUCCGCUAA